CUCACCGUUACUUGGUUAGUGACACACAACACAACGAACCGCAGCCCUGAAAACAGGUCGAAGGUAUUUUUGCACAUUUUAGCAGAGCGAAACUACUGUACGUCCUCGUCCCAAAUGGCAAAAGUGUCAGCUCUUCUCUCCAUUUUCGGUGUCAUGCUGGUGUGGCCUUUUGUCCUGACAAAGAGCGUCUCAUCCAUACUUCAGACUACACAAACUGACUCCUCCAUGUCUGCAGGCCGUGGAGAAGAGCGCUCCCAUGUGGUGAAACGCACCACCCAGAACUGCGACGCCACUUUCGCCAACUACUGCAUGAACGGAGGUCAGUGCAUGCUGCUGGUGGACUUAAACGAGCACCACUGCAAGUGUCACGGUGGUUUCUACGGGCCCCGCUGUAGCAACCUGGAGCUGGUCUUCAAGCCAAUAGGAGAGGAGCAGGUCAUCUUCAUCAUCUUCUGCGUGACGCUGCUCGCCGUGGGCCUGGCUGGAGGGCUCUACUUCUGCUGCAAGUGGUAUAAGAAGAAUAAAUGCAAUCCCCAGCAGAAGCGGCAAGGCUACCAAGGAGUCCAGACAAUGUAAUGUCCAUGCUACAAAUGACUAAAGGAGCCCCCUUUUUUUUUUUUUUUUAACUUUUUUUAAUUUUAGUUUUUUAAGAUAAAUCUUGCACUUUAGCUUUUUGCAUGAUUUGGCUUGUAUUUAUUUAUACCUUUCUGCAUUUUCAAUGCCCAAAAAAUUGCAACGUGUUUAGUCAGAAAGGAUGAUGAUAAUUUAUUGCCAUGAAGAUUUUAUGUGUACAAUGGAAGUUCUGCCACAAACAAAUAAAAACAGUCAAUCUUG